CGACCGGGUUGACCAGCCAGGCAGGCUCGACUCAAGCCCGACCCCGCCGGCCGCCGCAAUGCCGCGAGCCCCACCUCCGCGGCCGUCGGAGGACGCGCGCCUCGCCGCCUACAAGCCCGGCGUCGACGUCGCCCGCUCGCGCCGCCGCCGCGAGGACCGCCUCCUCGCCGUCCGCCGCAGCAACCGCGAUGCCGGCCUCUUCAAGCGCCGCCGAGACGAACCCACUCCCACUCCCAUCCCGCCCGCGAGGGCCGCGACCCCCUCAUCUCAGGCCGAUGAUGUGCCCACCACCACCACCGCCACCUCUCCCCCUUCCUCUGCACCCUCUUCGCCCCCGUCCUCACCUCCCGCCGAAUCCGUUCCUCCGACUGCCGCCGACUCUGAGCUUGAAGGCCUAUCAGAAAUGGUGGAGAAGGUCUGGUCAGAUGAUACCACUAGUCAGUUAGAAGCCACGAUCCAAUUCAGGAGACUCCUUUCAGAUGAGAAGAACCCAACCGUGAUAAAAAUCAUCAGAGCAGAUGUCCUGCCAAGGUUUUCUGAUUUCCUCUCAAGACAUGAGCAUCCUCAGCUACAAAUGGAGGCGGCAUGGGUUCUUACCAACAUAGCUGCAUCUGACUAUACAUUGCUAGUUGCAGAAUGUGGUGCUGUUCCAAGGUUGGUCGAGCUCUUAGAAUCUGCAAAUGCUAAUAUCAGGCAUCAGGCUAUCUGGGCUCUUGGAAAUAUAGCUGCAGACGUGCCUACCUGCAGAGAGAUCGUCCUUGAUCAUGGUGCUGUGACACCAUUACUUGCCCAAUUUAGAGAAGGCAUGAAAGUUCCAGUUCUGAGGACUGCCACUUGGGCGUUGUCAAACCUUUGUUUUGGAAAAUUACCAGCUGAAGUGCAAGUGAAGCCAAUACUGGAUAUAAUCAGCCAGCUUAUUCAUUCAGUCGACGAAAAGAUACUGGGUGAUGCAUGCUGGGCUCUUUGUUAUAUAUGUGACGGUGUAUCUGACGGAAUUCAACAUGUGCUAGAUGCGGGUGCUUGCCCUCAACUUGUAAAUCUUUUGAUGCAUGCAUCAGCUAAUAUCCUGCUUCCUGUCAUUACGGUACUUGCGAGAAUCUCUUCUGGAGAUGAUGCUCAAGUGCAGGUCCUAGUAGAAAAUGACAUUCUUAAUUAUUUGGCCCCGUUGCUAGCACGAAAUUACCCAAAGAGCAUCAAGAAGCAAGCUUGUCUAAUUGUUUCUAAUAUCUCCACUGGCAGCAAGGAUAAUAUUCAGGCAGUAAUUGAUGCAGAUGUUAUAAGCCCUCUCAUUUUCCUAUUAAAGACCUCCGAGAAGGAUAUCAAGGAGGAAGCUGCUUGGGCUAUAUCAAAUGCUGCGUCUGGUGGUUCAAAUGAUCAAAUUCAAUAUUUGGUGAGUCGAGGAUGUUUGGAGCCACUCUGCAAUGUUCUCACUUACCAAGAUGCUGACCUAGUAUAUGCGUGCCUGGAAGGUCUUCAAAACAUACUUCAGGCGGGUGCAGUGGGGAAGCAGGGGCAGGGUUCCACGGUGAACCCGUAUGCACAGUUUAUUUUAGAAUGUGGGGGUUUGGAUAAACUGGAAGAUCUGCAGGAAGUCGACAAUGAUGCCAUUUACAAGUUAGUCAUGAAGUUGCUGGAGGGUUACUGGGACGAGGAAGUAAGUGAUGAUGACCCAAAUUUACCAACUUCAAAUGACUCUGCAGAGACCGUGGAGACGGCAUCUGAAGAUGCUGCGCAGCCAACAGAGCCAUCGGCCAGCCCAAAUGAAAGCGAAUGACUUGUAAUGCUUCCUUCCUGUAAGAUGUAACCAUCUGGAAUUUGAUCUUAAUUUCCCUUGUCCGGUGAAAAGAGAAUGAAGGCAUGACUGUUUUUUGGGGCAAGAUUUUCUCGCUGUAAACAGUGUGAGACUAAACAGUGGAUGAAAAGACCUGAGAUACUCUCAUCUCUACUACUACCAAGAGUCCAAGACCAACACAACCAUAUCAGGGUACUGUACUUACCUGCACAAUUGUCGUCAGCAGAGGCUAGUGGCACAAUCUAGUUUUGGUUCGUGUUGCAUGCAUCAUGGCAAGUUGCCAACCUCAUGGCUAAGCAAGAUAUGAUCAACUUAUGACUUGUUAGGAGCGAUACGUUUCGCUCAAAAACCAUCAAUUCCGUUCAUACACUACGUGUUGGCUUCCAUCAAUCGCUAUCCAAGAUAUCUGAGUUUGUACGACCGUAAUCAGUAAACCUGCAUCUCUCUCGAUCCAAGUCAAUUGAAGCGAUCGAAGUCAAUUGAAGCAAAUAUAGUAGGCACACAAAAAUAUACAGCCUCAAUCAUGUUUGUUUAAUUUACCGACGUGGUCGAUAUUAAUGUAUGUAAAUUCUAAGUGUGUAUCUGAAUUUUUUAAGUGUCACCUUCAACAACACUGGGUUGAUGGAAGCUAACCAAACCGAAAGCUAAGCUCGUCGUUCACCUCGUGCUUCAAUUCGAUCGAUCUUGCUUGAUUCAA